CGCCGGCGCGCGUCCUCGCCCGGAAGGACGGCUACGCGGGAGGGCCCAGUGUGGGCGGAGGAGACCCUUCGGCCUCAAGAUGUCGUACAUGCUCCCGCACCUGCACAAUGGAUGGCAGGUGGAUCAGGCCAUCCUUUCAGAAGAAGACCGCGUGGUCGUCAUUCGGUUUGGACACGACUGGGACCCUACUUGUAUGAAGAUGGACGAGGUUUUGUACAGCAUAGCUGAAAAGGUUAAAAAUUUCGCAGUAAUUUAUCUUGUGGAUAUUACAGAAGUACCUGACUUCAACAAAAUGUAUGAGUUAUACGAUCCGUGUACUGUCAUGUUUUUCUUCAGCAGGAGCUCUAACGGUGGAAAACCCAAGGCGCUUUUUCGUGGGAUUCUUUUUGGGCCAGGCUUUCACAGCGCGGGCGUCUCCCUCUGCAGGAACAAGCACAUCAUGAUCGACCUGGGCACCGGCAACAACAACAAGAUCAACUGGGCCAUGGAGGACAAGCAGGAGAUGAUUGACAUCAUCGAGACGGUGUACCGGGGCGCCCGCAAGGGCCGCGGCCUGGUUGUGUCCCCCAAGGACUACUCGACAAAGUACAGAUACUGAGCUGCCCUGGCCCCGCACACGGACGCUGUGUGCUCGUGCUCACGUGGAAGUGUUUACACUCUUUAAGCCUUUGAGGAAGCGUUUGGAAAAGCACGCGGUGCUCACGGCGCUGGAGGGUUUGCAGUGAGGGUGGCAUUGCUUUGACUUUCAGUCCACCUGGUCGUUGUAUUUUUGUAUUAGCAACUCUCUGUAAAUAUCCAGCUGAAAUAAAUAAAACAGAUGGUGCUGGGA